CUUCAUCAUCACUCGCACCUUCAUCACCAUAAUCGCAUUGUUCUAAAAAUAAGCAUAUAUAGACGCACAAGCCACACUAGCCAGCACCAUAUACACUAGAAAAAGCAAAAGAACAAACCAAUACACCAGACAAAACCUCCAGAAUGAGCCCCACCAAACCCAUCAUCACCCCCGCAUUCACCAAAUCGCUUCCCAAGGUCGAGCUUCAUGCCCAUCUCACGGGCAGCAUCAGUCGCCAAUGUCUGCAUGAGAUCUGGGAGCGCAAGAAGGCUGAAAAUCCAGCUUUCGAUGUGCAAGACCCGUGGGAGGUGAUGCCUCCUGGUAAGGUGGAUUAUUCUCUGGCUACCUUCUUCAACGUCUUCUCCAACUCAAUCUACAACCUCUGCUCCGAUCUCCCCAGCAUCGCCUACGCGACGACCUCCGUGCUCGAAGACUUCUACGCCGACGGCAUCCGCUACCUCGAACUGCGCACCAUUCCGCGCCCAUCCCCGUCUUUCUCAAGAGAAGAAUAUUUGCUCACCGUGCUCGAUGCAAUAGACGCAUAUGCCCACACCCAAGCCGCUCUCGAUCCCGACACUCACAAAAUGACGACCCGACUAAUCCUUGCUAUCGACCGUGGGCAGAUGUCCCCCGCUGAUGCGAACGAAGUCAUAGAUUUGGCAAUUGCCCACAGGCACCGCGGUGUCGUCGGCAUUGACAUCUGCGGAAAUCCCACGAAAGGCGACGUUUCUGUAUUUGCGGGGGCGAUGGAACGCGCGAAGAGUGCUGGGUUAGCCCUGACGGUGCAUUUCGGCGAAGUGUCUUCUUCGACUCUCGCGUCGUCGUCAGCGAAGACCGCAGCGGAGGCGGAGAAGGCCUUGGAGAGUGAGUUGAGAGAGAUGCUGAGCUGGAACCCACGCAGGUUGGGCCACGUCAUUCAUGUCCCAGUGGGCAUCAAGAACGAAAUCAAGAAGAGGGGCCUCGGCCUCGAGUUGUGUCUAUCGUGUAAUGUGCAUGCGAGCAUGUUCGAUGGCGGGUUUGCGGAUCACCAUUUUGGGGAGUGGUGGCGGGAAUCUGAUUGUGUUGCUGUGCUUUGUACUGAUGAUGUGGGCUUCUUUUGUAGCCCCAUGUCGAACGAGUAUUUACUCGCGGCGGAGCAUUUCAAUCUAUCGCGAGUUGAUAUCCUACGUCUGUGCCGGAAAUCCUACGAUGUUAUCUUUGAUGACGAGACUGAGAAAGAGCGGCUUCGGCAAUUGCUGGAUGACUUUGAAUCCAGCUACGCGAAGUGAGCGUGCACAUCAUGAAGCAUAGAGGAAUGAAUGCUAUGGCAUUAUCUUU